AUGGAGGUGGCUCGUACCUCCAUGAUCCAUGCGGCUGCUCCCCAUUUUUUGUGGUAUCCAUUUUCUGCGGCUGCUCCCCAUUUACCGUUUGCGGUCCGGUACGCUGCACAUCAGCUCAACCUCUGGCCCCGUGUCUCCUUACCGGAGACCUCGCCCACACUGCGUUGGACGGGGGAGGUUGGCGAUGCGUCGGUGUUCCGGGUCUGGGGCUCUCGUGCCUUUGUCUGCAAUACCUCCGCGGACAAGCUCUCCUCCUGUGCCAUUCCCCGUGUCUUCCUUGGUUUCCCCCCUGACGCGCCUGGCUGGCAGUUCUACCACCCCACCUCGCGCUGGGUUUUCCCCUCUCAGGACGUCACGUUUGACGAGUCGCCUGUCGAGGUCACUGGUGACUCUGGUGCUGCUGGGGGUGGAACUGCUCGAGGUGCUACGUCUGGAGGUGCUGAGCCAGCGGGUGCGGAGCCUGAGCGUGAGGUGCCUGGGGGUGCUGAGCCUGCGGGUGUGGAGCCUGGGGGUGCUGAGCCUGAGUGUGCGGAGCCUGGGGGUGCUGAGCCUGGGGGUGCUGAGUCUGGGGGUGCUGAGCCUAGGGGUACUGCGUCUACACUACGGGAGCCUCUCUCACCACAGCAGCUGCGUAGGUGGCUUGCUCGACGCUCCCGCCUUCGGAGUGGCGCUGCUGGAGCUGGAGGCGCCGGGGCUGGAGGCUCUGGAGCUGGAGCUGCUGGUCCUGGAGGUGCUCAAACUGGAGGUACUGGAGCUGCCGGGGCUGGUGGUGCUGCUAGUCCUGGAGGUUCUGGAGGUCUUGUUGGAGCUGGAGGUACUGGGGGUACUGGAGCUACUAGUCCUGGAGGUCCUACAGCUGGAGGCGCCGGAGAUGGAGGCUCUGGAGCUAAAGCUACUGGUCCUGGGGGUGCUCGUACUGUAGGUACUGGAGCUGCCGGGACUGGUGGUGCUGCUGGUACUGGAGGUGCUGGUGGUGCUGGCACUGCUAGUCAAGGAGGUUCCCGUCCUGGAGGCGCUGGAGAUGCUAAUCCUGGAGGUGCUGGAGGUCCUGCUGGAGCUGGAGUCGGCGAGAGCCUCUCUCACCACAGCAGCUGCGUGAGUGGCUUCCUCGAUGCACCCGCCUUCGGAGUGACGCUGCUGGAGCUGGAGGUCCUACCGCUGGAGGCGCUGGUGCUGGAGGCACUGGAGCUGGAGGCACUGGAGUUGGCGACUCUGGAGCUGGAGCUGCUGGUCCUGGAGGUGCUCAUCUUGGAGGUACUAGAGUUGCCGAAGCUGGUUUUUCUGCUAGUACUGGAGCUGCCAGAGCUGGUGGUGUUGCGGGCUCGGGAGCUGGUGGCGCUGGCGCUGGAGGCGCUGGAGCUGGAGGCACUGGAGCUGGAGGCGCUGGAGCUGGAGGCACUGGCGCUGGAGGCGCGGGCCCAGGAGGCGCUGGAGUCGGAGGCGCUAGAGCUGGAGGCACUGGAGCUGGAGGCACUAGAGCUGGAGGCGCUGGAGGUGGAGGUACUGGAGCUGGAGGCGUUGGAGCUGGAGGUAUUGGAGCCGGAGGCGUUGGAGCUGGAGGCGCUGGAGCUGGAGGCGCUGGCGCUGGAGGCGCUGGAGCUGGAGCCAGUCUCCCUUACAGAGCGUCGUGAGCCUGCGUCUCGUCCUGCCUCUCCUGCUCGCACUGCUACCCGUGCUCAUCGCGUCCCGCGUCCGCGCCCUCCUCCUGUGCCAGUUGUCACUGACCCGUCGUUUGAGUCUGCUGCUGCGUUUGCCUUAGUUGCUGAGCUUGUGGACUUUGCUGCUGCGUGUCGUCUAGACUACGCUGCCAGUCUUGUCGCUGAGUCUGAGUCUGUCUGUCCUCCGUCCGUCGGGGGUGAGUGUGCUCUUGGCACGGACGUCCUUAAGGACAGGCAGGAGGACUUUGAGUCUCUUGCGGCUGCUGUACCUCAUCUCGUGGCCUGGCUGCUUGCACCUGAGGGAGACCUGGAUGCACUGGACAUUCCGAACCCGCGCUCUUACGCAGAGGCGAUUUCGGGUCCCUACUCCUCUCAGUGGCAGACAGCCAUGGACGCAAAGAUGGCAUCCUGGAAGUCCACAGGCACCUACGUCGACGAGGUUCCCCCUCCUGGGGCGAACAUAGUCGAUGGCAUGUGGAUUUUCAGGGUGAAGCGGCCGCCGGGUUCUCCGCCUGUCUUCAAGGCUCGUUACGUUGCACAUGGCUUGAGUCAGAGACAGGGAGUUGACUUCUUUCAGACCUUCUCCCCUACCCCGAAGAUGACCACUCUUCAGGUGCUGCUGCACGUUGCCGCUCAGCAUGACUACGAGCUUCACUCUCUUGACUUCAGCACAGCGUUCUUGCAGGGCAGCCUGCACGAGGAGAUCUGGCUGCGCCGCCCACCUGACUUCACUGGGUCGUUCCCUCUUGGUACCCAGUGGAGCCUCUGGCGGCCAGUCUACGGUCUCCGCCAGGCGCCUCGUGAGUGGCACGACACAAUGAGGACGACACUUGCGGCUCUUGGGUUUGCUCCAUCCUCUGCUGACCCGUCGCUGUUCCUGCGCACCGACACUUCCCUGCCGCCGUUCUACAUCCUCGUGUACGUUGACGACUUGGUCUUUGCCACUGCUGACACAGAGGCACUCGCGCUUGUGAGGUCAGAGCUGUAG